AAAAAAUACCAAGUGUGUGUGUUUUUUUUUGUACAGACUUCAGUAUUUUUUUUGUGAAAUACACAAUAUAUGUAGAGGCUAGAGAACGAACAUCGAACAUGAGAGUAAGAAGAAAUUUUUUUAAAAAAAAACUUACACACGACACACACACGGUACUAUAACGAAUUACGAAGCGAGCAGCAGAAAAAUAAAAAAAUAAACUAAAUUAAAACCUAAAAAAAGAUAAUCACAAUAAUUCGAAUAUUCGAAUCUAUUAAAUCUUAAAUACCAUUUUAUCCGCUCACACCGAACAACAAGAGAAAAAUUUAUUGAAAAGUAAAAAAAAAAGAAAAUUCAAAACCGAACAGAAGAGAAAAAAGUCAACUAUAUACAUUUAUUUUUAUAUUUUCCGUAGAUUUUUAACCGAUAAGUACGAUGUUUAACUAAUGAAACGAUGAAAUUUUACGAAUUUCAUUUAAAUUUGAUUUCUUCAAAAAAGAAAAAAGUUUUGUUCUGAAACUGGGAUGUGGUGUUGGACUUUUUUUCAGUUUAUUGAAAGAAACAAAAAAAAAUAUGUGAAUUGAGUGCAUAAAGUGAUAAAUGAAUAAAACAAAACAAAAAAAAAGUAAACAGUGGAAUUAGAAUGAAGACGACGAGAUGGUGAAUAUGUUUGGUGCUUGAAUCGGUCGAAAGCCCGAAAAUCAAUCCGGAUAUUUCAAAAGGAUACAUAGAUACCAUUCGCGGUAGUGGCGAGUGUGAACGUUUUGUAAACCAAUACAAUAAAAUUCACGAAUUUUGAACGAUUGAACAUGAUAUUUGAAUAAGAAUAUUUGAAAUUGGAAUCGAGUUCGAAGCAAAAUUCGGAAUUUGCACAUACUUAUACACACGUACAAUUCACAAGGAAUAAUAAGUGCAUCUGCAUCGAAUUCACGGUGGAAUGGGCAAUCAGACAAAAGAACGGACAAAACAUUGUAUGGUGUAAAAUAGAAACAGUGAGUGAACAGAAAAUCAGAAUCACGCAUCACAAACGACAACCAGUACAGUAGUGACGCAACCCGAAACAAUUUUCAACUCGUACCGUGGAUUAUUUGCGAUAAUAAAAAAAGAGCACAUUUUAAGAUAUAUGCAAAAGAAAGAAAGAUACAUAUCGCAUGCAUAAAAAAAUGAUAUAUGCUACCCACAGCUUAGCUUAAACUGUCAUCGCUACUAUCGAAAAAUUGAAAACUAUUGGCUCAGGAAAAGAAAUUCAGUGAAUUGAAAACAGACUCACGUUUCAAAUAAAACAAAUAAAGAAUUAAAAAAAAAAGAGAUCAUAAUAAAUAAAUGCAGUGUGACUAAAAACUGGACUAAUAUGAAUUGUGAAUGGCAAAAAUGUGGCAACCAAUCCAUAAAAUUAAAAUUAAGCGCAAGCUUUUACCAAUCGAUCGAAAAAAUGUGAAAUUUGAUCGAUUCACUGUGUACAUCGGUGAUUAACAAAACAACAAAAUAAAAACACACAAACAAAAAUUGUUUAGUGAUGGAAUUAGUCAUUGUUUUGAAUAAGGCAAAAUAGAACGAAACGAAACAAGAGUGACAGAAAGGAAGAGAGAGAAACACAUGGAGAUCCCAAACGAAAUAUGUUAGUUCUAAAGACGCACUUAAACUUGGAUCAGAUAGAUGUGUGUGUUGUGUGACAUGUUCAUGCGUUGAAUGUAAACGAAAGGAAUCGAAACUCAAAAUUGUGAUUUGCACUAUACUACACUAAAAAUUUGCUUUGACAUUCUCUUUGUGUUGAUGAAGCAAAACAUUUACCGUUUUUCUUUUAGUAAAUAUAAACGUAACCAAAUUUAUCUAUAUUAACAGAAAAGCUAGUCGAACGAAAUAGAAAAAAAACAAACAAACAAACAAAUACAAAGAAGCGAGUCUCGAAUUGAUAUCUAUUUGAAACGAUUCUAGUUCGAAGUUGUGAAAAACCAAAAAAAAGAGAAGAAAACCAGAAAUCAAAAGAGAGGAAACAAAAAAAUUAACGACAAUUUGAGUUGCACAAAAAUAUCUAUUAAAGGAACCGUGAAGACGAACGAGAAAAAGUUUUGAAUUGUCGUUCCAAAUGGCUUCAUUGAAUGCAAACGAUGCAAAUAUGCCCGUUGCAUUAGAAUCAUUUGAUGAAUGUGCAAACAAUCCAAAUGAUGAAAAUCAAAUGGCAACCGAUGACAGUGAACAGACUAGUGUUAAAGACGAUGAAAAUUGCAUUGCAAAGGAUGCGCUUAUCGAUACACUGGAUGAUAAUGGAAAUGAUCAUAAUGUUACCGACCAUAAAACAAUCGAGCACAUUAAAGGAAUGAUCGCCAGUACCGAUCAAACAAACAACAUAGAUAGGUCACAACAUCAAUCGCCGGAUCAUUACAACGAACAAAUGCAUGAUAACACAAAUGCAAAUGUAUCGCAAACAAAUCCAACAACAGAAAAUCAUAGUCCAAAUACAAAUCCAUUACACGAACGCAAUAAUGAUAAUGAUAAUGAUAUGAUUGAUCGUGUGCAUAGUGAAAAUGAUGUGAAUGAACUCGAUAAAAUAUUUUGUGAUAAAAAUGCGAACUCAACAACGUCCGAUAACGAGGAUUCGCGAUCUAUACCGGGUAUUGAAGACAGUGAUGAUAUUACGAACGAUGAUGAUGACGACGAUGAUGACGAUGAUGACGAUCAAAAGGAUUCAAAUUCACUUGAAACAAGCAAUACAACAAACACAAAUGCUAAUUUAGAUCGUAAUGUGUACAACGAUGUUGAUCGUCAGCAGCAUCAAGAGCAGCAUCAUCAUCAACAACAGCAGCAGCAGCAACAACAACAACAACAAAAUCCAAUUCAUCCAAAUACUGAACAACAAAUGCAACAUCAAUACGAUGAACAGAUGUAUCAGUACAAUCAUCAACAAACGCAAAUGUCACAUGAGCAAAAUAUGCCGUCACAACAAUUGCCUCAGCAACACCAAAUGGAUAUGCAAAUUCAUAGAGAUAAUGAUCCGCAUUAUCAAUACAAAUUAUAUUCACCAAUGUAUUUACCUCCGGUCAAUGGUCAACAGUCACAGCAGCAACAACAAAUACAGAAUGCACCAUUUAAACCAUAUCAAUUAGACUCACCAGCAACUCCAUCCACGAAAAAUUCAAAUAUCUCAUCGGCACCGGGAACGCCCAGUUCAUUGGAUCAACCGAGACAAGCGCCGCAGCAACAACAACCGGACGAUCCAUAUAAUUUUGUUGAUGAAGAUAUGCAUUCAAUAUCGCCGCAUCAAAAUCAUCAUCAUUUACCGAAUAUGGGUAGUUUUGGAUUGGCAUUGCAACAAAUGCGAUCGAAUGUGGGCAAUACAAUGAGCGGUUAUCCUUCGCUGCAAAAUCCCAUGAACAAUGGCAACGAAUCAAUGCCAACCAUGAAAAAUGUAUUGAUGUCAUCGUUGCACAGUCCAAUGGACACGCAAACAUCAAUGAUAAGCGAAAUUACGCCAAAGAAACGCGGCCGAAAAAAGAAAGUUCGCACUGAAGACGGUCAAAAUAUACCACUCGGCGGAUUACCAAAUGAACCAACAGGCAUAAUAGCCAAACCGACGCCAAAAGAACGCAAAAAACACGAUCGCUUCAAUGGAAUGUCCGAAGAAGAAGUGUCCAAACGAACGUUACCCGAUCAUUUGGCAAAUAACCUAGAUAUUAUCAUAAUUGGAAUCAAUCCAGGAUUAUUUGCGGCAUACAGAGGUCAUCACUAUGCUGGUCCUGGCAAUCAUUUUUGGAAAUGCCUCUAUUUGUCCGGAUUGACACACGAACAAAUGAAUGCUGAAGAAGAUUUUAAACUACUUGACUAUGGAAUUGGAUUUACUAAUAUGGUGCAACGUGCAACAAAAGGAUCGGCCGACUUAACGCGAAAAGAAAUCAAAGAGGGCAGCCAUUUAUUGCAUGAAAAACUUCGAAGAUAUCGCCCGAAAAUAGCCGUUUUCAAUGGAAAACUCAUUUUUGAAGUGUUUUCCGGCAAAAAAGAGUUUAACUUUGGCCGACAACCGGAAUGUAUCGAAGGAACGAAUACGUAUAUGUGGGUGAUGCCGUCGUCCAGUGCGAGGUGUGCACAAUUACCAAGAGCGGCAGAUAAAGUGCCAUUUUAUGUGGCAUUAAAAAAGUUUCGUGACUAUUUGAAUGGAGUUAUACCACAUAUUGAUGAAUCAGAAUGUGUGUUUGCCGAUCCAAAAAAUUCGAAAGCGAUUUAUGAUAAUGAUGGAAAUAAAGUGGACAAAUUAAGUGUGAGUCGUUUUGCCUCAAAUCCAAAUACGAUGGGAAUUUCAAUGCCGGAUAUGAUGCAAUCUCAUCAGCCGUCUGAUAUGACGGACAUCAGUAUGAUCAGUGGAAAGUGUGAUGGUGAUAUGAUGGGUGCACCGAAAAAGAAGCGCGGUAGACCAAAAAAGGUGCGUGGUGAAGGUGAGGAAAAUGUGAAAAUAAGUGUGCCACGACGAUCACAGAAUACAUCACAAGAUUCGGAAAUGUUGAGUGAUGGUACGCCAAAGAAAAAGCGUGGCCGACCAAAAAAGGUCAAAAUGGAGGGUAUGGAUGGUUCAAUUGUUCCAACAAAAUUACCCGCAAAUAGUGCCAACAUUGAGAGUAUUAUCAAUGAUACAGCUCUCGAUUCGGAGCGAACAAUGUUUUCACCGGCACUGAAUCAACAACCAUCUCAACCAUCAAAACAACAGACUCAAAAGCAAUCCCAACAACAAAACCAACAACAGCAGCAACAACAACAAUCAAUGAAUAUGUUUUCACAAAUGUCGGCCAAUAAUCCAUUGAAUAUGAAUGGUAGCAUGCAGUGUCAAAUGAAUGGAAAUUUUAAUAGUAUGCAAUCGACAGCAUUUCAACCGCACGAACAUCCACAACAAACAAAUGCUUCUGAUUCACCUCAGCAAUUCUCCCAUUCGAAUCUAUCGUCCGAAAUAUCGGCGGCUAUUUCAACGGCCGAACAUCUGAACGCAGCUGCCGGCAACGGUGACACCAAUUCCCCGUCGUCAAAUUCACAGAGUAUUGCACCGACCGAUUUUGAAACACCUGAUUGCGUACACAAUGACAACUGGAAUGAUACAUUCAAUGUUUCGCAACAGCAAUCUCAAUCACAACAGCACCAUUGGCAACAAAAACAGGCUCCAAUUGGUGGUGUGAAUUCACAAAAUUCGCCAUACUUAUCGGUAGACACACAAAAAGCGGCUUCCGUCAAUGUGGAUGCACAAAAAUCACCAUACAUUGGUGUCGAUGCGUCACAACAACAACAACAACAACAACAGCAGCAGCAUCUUAGCCAACUACACUUACAGCAUCAACAGCAACUUCACUUACAACAACAGCAGCAACAACAGACGGAUCUUCAUAUCCAAAGUCAGCACAAUCCGUUCCAAUCACAUCAUCUACAAGCACAACAAACGCACUCGGACGAAAUGAGUGCGUACAUCAGUAAGCAAAGCAUAAGUGAUGUAACAGCGAAAAGUUUGUCCGGUCUUGAAUCACUAGUCGAUCAAAUACCUAGUUUAAGUGAUAACCAUGACUCAAGUGGGCAACAAUCAUCGUCUGUGCACAGCUUACGUUCAAGCGAAAGUCGGCUCGAUAUACCGGCUAGUAUGGUUGGUGGUGGUGGUGGUGGUGGUGGUGGUGUUGCAAGCGCUGGUAGUAGUGUUAGUGGUAGCGGUGCUAGUGGUGUGGAUCAUUUGCAAUCGUCACCAUUUCAAAGUAGUUGUUUGUAUUCAUCGAAUUAUCUGUCAUCGGCAUCAUCCAGCUUAGGUAGUCCAAUGUUAGGAAAUUCAACAACUGAUUUACGUUGCUCAAGUAAUCGAAGUCGUAGUAGUGAUCUAAAUGGCGCAUCAACACCAACCGCAAAUUUAAUGUCACACUAUUCAAGCUCAAGUUAUCCAACGUCAUCAUUGGUGCCGCCAACAUCUGGUCUACAUUCACCGAACAGUCCACAAACACAAACACCACCGAUGAAUCUAAACAAUCAUCCAUUUUCGGUGAGCAAUUUAACCAGCAAUCAUAAUUAUUCACUGACACCGCCACCAUCAACGCCAUCCGCAUCGAUGCCCAUGAAUUCAAUCAACUCAAUGAAUUCAUACCAUUCGAAUUUCAUGGCAGCGGCUAUGCAACAACCGCUUUAUAUUCAUGAUUUCUAUGAAAAAACGCAUCCACCCAUUCCGCCCGAUUUUUUCCAAAAAACCACCCGUCAAGCAACUACCAAUGUUGAUCCGCAUCUUCCACCAUUUUAUGCAACACAUGCAGCGGCCGCUGCAUAUGGCCAACAUGCUGGAUUCUCAUCCGCCGGCUAUGGUUUUCCAACAACGAAUGAUUUCUUUGAAAAACAACAUGCACAACAACAAUCACAAGCGUUUGCCGCAUCCAGUCCACCAACCAUUCAUAUGCCAUCACCAAACUAUCCAUACGGCUAUGCAGAUCAUCAUCGACGACAGAAUUAUAUUGCGUCCGAUUUGGCAUUCUUUUCGAAUCAUCAUUCAAUGUUUGAUCCACGGUAGGGCCGAGCAUGGCCAAGUCAUCAUCGAUUCUAGUUCGAUAAAAUACAGAAAAAGAGCGAAUGAUGAUAUCGGGGUGAAAUGAAAAUUUAAUCACACACAAAUCAAAUAAAUUGAAUGGCAGAAAAUCGACAAAACUGACGACGAAUGUUAAAUGAAUCUCUACCGGCCAUUGAUCCAUGACACGCGCAUUUUGUCGGAAUAUUUUCAGAUUCUUCAUGAUAGAAACACUUUUUUUUUUUGAAAAAGAAAAGCAAAUCUCCGAGGAACGACUUAAAAUUGUGAAUCCUCAUGUUUAAAAACCUAUUUUUUACUUUAUAAUGAAAACACACACACACACACACACACUUUUCCUCAUCUCUAAAAUACGAUUUAAACAAAAAAAAAACCUCUUUUGACAUUAUAGAACCUUUUCUUCUGGUGUCAAUUAUUAACAUGAAUGCAAUGAAAAGAAAAAUCAUAAUGCGUGCUUAGUGCUGAUCAAAAAAAGAUUAGAAGUCGACUGGUGGAUAGUUUUUCAUUUGCUAAUAUUUUAAUGGUGCUUUUAUCUCAAACAAAAAAACCGUACAUUCAAAAUAAUACCAUAACCAAAUGAAAUUCGGCGAGAACACAAAUGGAACGAAGAAAUAUGGACAAAGUGAAUAAAACAAGAGGAAAAGAAAAUGAAAAGAAAUUGUAAAUGUGUGUGUCUAAACAAAACUAAGUGUUUAUUUAAUCAAACCAAGUAAUUGUAUUAUUGUCAACAUUAACUUGUUCUAAUCGUGCAAAAGAAACUUAAACCAGAUCACUAAAUAAACUGCAAAAAAAAAAAUCUAGAAAUUCAGCAAAAAAAAAACACAGUUAGGAAUUAAAUAUAAUAAGGAUUUUUCUUCGUUUAUAUGACAACAUCAAAAAUGGAUUUGAACAUUAAAAAAAUUAGGGAAUUUUUACCAAAAACACAAAAUCCAUGCAAAAAAGAAUAUGACACUUUCAUGAAGAAUUUACAUGACACCGCGAAAAAAAAAACGUUUUUUUUUUCUCGAUAUUAUAUUAUGUUGUUAAUUUUUUUUAACCGAAAGUCUGAAAAAAUGCGUCACCAAUCGAUAUACAGUUGCCAUGUGUAUGAAUGUGAAAUUGACCUGGUUCAAUAUUUUGAUUCAAAGUCUCAUUUGCCUCGACGAUUUAAUUCGCGAUGGCCUUAAAUUAAAUUCUGCUUUUUUAAUACAAAUUUAAGCAGGCGUGCGAAUGAAAAGGACGAAAGCAAGAGAUAAAAAAAGAGUUGUGGAAAAAUGCAUGUACUUAUUUUAUAUUAUAUUUUUCGAUGUAGUGUCAAAAUCGAUAAGUUUAUCUCUCAAUAUGUAUGCGGAACAUUAAUUAUUGUAUUUGAAAAAAAAAAGAAAAGAAAUCAAACAACUUUACAUAUAUUUUUGUAACAUACACACGCUCAGCAAAAAAAAAAUGUGGAAAGAGACAUUUUUUGCAAAUAAGAAUUUUUUUCGUAAUACCAUGCUUAUUUUAUAUUUAGUCGAGGCACACAUUUAUUAAUAAAUAGACAACAAAUUCAGAUUUUAAAGGGAAAAAUUGUAAUUUUUUUUUUCAAGUAACAACGAAAAACGAGAGAAAGAGAAAAAUGGUUUUAUAUUCAACAAAAAAAUGAUAAUAAUAAAAUGGUGCUGAUUCGUUUUACUCGAUUUUGUUACCUAAAUCUAAACAAUUUAUUUACGGCCAUGGGUCCAGCCAGUCUAUAGAUGUUUAUAUGCCGAAAUUGAAAAUAAAACUGUGAAGAAUUCGCAAUAAAUCAGCAGGUCCAAUGGAGAGAUUUUAUCUCAAUAUCUGUUUCAGCUUCAGUCUGUGUCUGAUCAUCUGAUUCGAUUCUUUGUUUUUCGUGCAUCUUUAAGUCUGCAUAGUUGUUAUGAGCUCAUUUUUUAAAGACGUAUUUUUUUGCACAGAUCGCCAAAUUUAUUUUCGUCAUCGGCAAUUUAGAAUAUAUGUUUUUCAUGGUACGGCUCCGUUCAAUUUGCCUGCUAUCUUCUUUUUUUUUAAAUACGAAUCAUUUUUGUACAUGUUUGUAGUAGAUAGAAUUUAUUGUGAUUUAUAUAUUUUUUUUUCUUUGUUUCAGUUUCGUCAGAUAUUUUUAUUGUAUAUUUUUUCCGUUCGGAAAUAUUCAUCAUUAUUUUUUCGAUUAUUUUUUUUUUGUCAAUGUUAAUUAACACUUAUUACGAAUUUACCAUAAUAAUUUUGUUGUCUAUACUGGAAUCGAGCGUAUACCAUGCAAUAUAUAAGAGAGUUUCGUUCUGUAAUUGUCAAUUCUUAAUCACCAUUUAUAAUAAUUCACUCAGCCAAUGUGUGUGUGUUUCUUUUUUAAUUUCUUGGGGAAUUAUAAGUUCGCUAUUAGAAUCUCGUUUUUUUUAGACAAUUUUUACAACAAAUAAAUUCACGAAUUAGUACACUUUUUCCGAUAAGGAGAAGCAGUAUAUGAUGAAAUUUGUUUUUUUUUUAUUUUCAUUGAAAAUAUGUAUAGAUUAUAUGAUUGGAAUAAGAGAAGAAAAUGUAUAAUCUGAAAAUGAAA